AUGUCAUAAAUUGCUGUUUGUACUACACAUGUCCUAGAUUAUUAUAGUAAAUUAUUGAAAUUUUCGAAUUAUGCUAGAAUAUUUUUAUUGGGGAGUUAAAGUUGAUCACCUGUUAUUUAAAGGAUUCGCGUCGCAUUCCGUUCCGGGACUAAUAGGACAAUGUUUAUUUAUUGGAUGUCUGGCUUUUCUGUUCGAGUUUCUAAGGUAUGUUCAAACAAAACAAAAACAGAAGGAGCUCAUUCUCAGGGUCAAACAGUUGAAGCUAAUCUGUACCACUGAAUGUGCGGCCCUAAUUGCCCAGAGGGUAAUCAAUCCUCAGAACCCUCUAAACAUAACUCUUUUUGACAGAGCUCUCCUAUUUGGUAUGGAGGUAUCUCUAUGGUUGCUGCUUCAAAAUAUAGGAUAUUUGAUCAUGUUAGCUGUAAUGAUAUAUAACGCAUGGUUUCUGGUUUCUGCAGUUAUUGGAGGAGCAUUAGGUUAUUUUAUUUUUGGACAAAUGUUUAUGAAAAUUAAUUUGCAGAACUGUCAUAUAAUGCGAAGUGCAUAUUGCGGUCAAAUUUGCGGAGAACUUCCAGAUACCUUUCAUCAGAUUGAGGGAGACUCUACACCAGCAGCCAAAACUCCAUCUUCGUCCCACCACAGUCUCGAAUGUACAAACAACACUAAUUUACCUAAAUCUGAAGUGGUUCAAGUUCGAGCCCAAUGCCAUUAAGAUAUGUAUAUAUGUAAGAAAAUAGUGUAUAUGUAAGAAAUUCAUAAACCAAAUAAAAAUGAAACUAAAAUUAAUUAUGUAAUCAACUGAUAUCUGUGUAUUGCGCCCAAUACUGAAGGGUGCAUAAUACCAUAUCAAAUUGUAAAAUAUUUUUAUAUCGUAUUUUGUGUAAUCUAGAGAUUCCUUUUUGUAUUAUACAUGAUGUGUUAUUAAUGAAAAAAAGCUAAUUAAGUGUAUUUUUAAUGCUUGUUGGGAUUGUAUCUUGCAAUAAACUCAGGAUUUGAAUUA